UAUUAAAAUAGGAUCAAAUCUAUAGAAUGUGUAAAGUCGGUUUGGAAGACUGUAAAAUAUUGCACAUGCUGGAGGACCUGUAGAAGACCAAUCAAACUUCAGAGAACAACACAAUAAUGGAAAACAAGACAUCACAACACACUCCCCACUAUCUCCUUCGAGGGGACCCAUUCGCUUCCAGACUUUCUAAGGAGGGAGACAUAGUGGCAGCCUUCUACAUCCUCAUCAUUGGUGUGGUGUCCGCCAUAGGUAAUGGCUUUGUCAUCUAUAUGUCCAUCAAAAGAAAGACAAAGCUAAAACCACCUGAAUUAAUGACACUGAAUUUAGCUAUAUUUGACUUUGGAAUAUCUGUCACAGGAAAGCCAUUCUUUAUGGUGUCAAGUUUCAACCAUCGCUGGCCCUUUGGCUGGAAGGGAUGUCGCUUCUAUGGUUGGACUGGCUUUUUCUUUGGAUGUGGCAGUCUCGCUACCAUGACAAUUGUUAGCUUUGAUCGCUACCUGAAAAUCUGCCAUUUAAGAUAUGGUACAUGGGUGAAGCGGCAUCAUGCCAUGCUGAGUAUGCUGUUAGUGUGGCUGUAUGCAGCAUUCUGGGCCAGCAUGCCACUUGUUGGCUGGGGAAGCUAUGCUCCUGAACCUUUUGGCACCUCCUGCACACUGAACUGGUGGCAGGCACAGGCCUCUGUGUCAGGCCAGAGCUUUGUCAUGUGCAUGCUCAUCUUCUGCCUUGUCCUGCCUACAUGUAUCAUUGUCUUCUCCUACACCAGGAUUAUCAUCAAGGUGAAGUCAUCUGCUAAAGAGGUCUCCUACUUUGACACACGGAAUAAGAACAGUCGCAGUCUGGAGUUGAAGUUAACCAAGGUGGCGAUGUUAAUCUGCGCUGGAUUUUUAAUAGCCUGGAUCCCUUAUGCGGUUGUGUCAGUGAUGUCUGCAUUUGGAAAGCCUGAUUCAGUGCCAAUUUCAGUCUCAGUCAUACCAACCUUACUGGCAAAAUCAUCUGCCAUGUAUAACCCUCUCAUAUAUCAGGUCAUUAACUGCAAGAACAGCUGUGCAAGAUCUUCUUGUUUUAAAGCCAUGAGCAAGAAGAAACAGUGUAACACACCCAGGAUUUAUUCCAUCUAUGCUAAAGAAAGAACUGCUACAGAAACUCACAUUGAAACAUAAGGACCUUUUAUCUAAUAAAUAUUGGGA